GGAGGCAGGGGCAGAGAUCACCUCCGCACUGAGGAUUGUCGUCGGGGCAGGCGGCCUCAUGGAGCCCAGGAGACGAGGCGGGCUUCCCUGCAGGGGAUGCAUGAGCUGACAAGUCCCAGAUCUGAGCUCACACAGCCAUGGGGGACUGGAACCUGCUGGGAAAGCUUCUGGAAAAAGCCCAGGAGCACUCCACCGUGGUGGGGAAGGUGUGGCUCACCGUCCUGUUCAUCUUCCGCAUCCUGAUCCUGAGCGCCGCCACGGAGAAGGUGUGGGGCGACGAGCUGUCGGGCUUCACCUGCGACACCAAGCAGCCGGGCUGCGAGAACGUGUGCUACGACGUCACUUUCCCCAUCUCCCACGUCCGCUUUUGGGUGCUGCAGAUCAUCUUCGUGUCCACGCCGACGUUGAUCUACCUGGGCCACAUCCUCCACCUGGUGCGGAUGGAGGAGAAGCACGCGGAAAAGGAGCAGCAGAAGGAGCUCGCUCACCAUUCGGACACGCACGCCCCCGUUGUGGAUGGUAAGCAAAAGAAGGCUCUGGUGAGGGACAACAAGGGUCGAGUGCGCCUGCACGGGGAGCUCCUGCGUACGUAUGUGUUUAACGUGGUCUUCAAAACCCUGUUUGAGGUGGGUUUCAUCGUGGCCCAGUACCUCCUGUACGGCUUCGAGCUGAAGCCCAUGUACACGUGCGACAGACCGCCGUGCCCCAAUGUGGUGAACUGCUACAUUUCCCGUCCCACGGAGAAAACCAUCUUCAUCGUCUUCAUGCUGGGAGUGGCCAGCGUGUCUCUGCUCCUCAACCUCGUAGAGAUCUACCACCUGGGCUUCACCAAGUGCCGCCAGGGCAUCACCUUCAGGCGACGCCACCAAUUCUCCCGGCGUCUCCCCAAGGAGCGCGGCGAGGCCGCGGCGCCGUACGCGCCCAGCUACGACGACUACUUCCACCAGGUCCAGCCGGCCUACCCGCCCGUACCGGGCUACGACCUCGAGGGCGCCGACUCGUCCUUCCAGCCCUACCACAGCAAGGCGGCCUACAAACAGAACUCGGACAACUUGGCGGUGGAACGGAGCGGUGGCAAACCGGAGGAAGGUGACCCGAAGGGUAAGAAGGGAGCCGGGUCGCCCCCCGGAUCGGCCCCCGGGUCACCUACGCAGGCCAGGCCAGGCCGCAACGGCAAACCCGGCAACAACAAGACCAGAAUAGACGAUCUGCAGAUAUGAGAGGGGGGGGGGGGGUUAUGUUUCUUAAACCGCUGCGAGGGGAUCAUGUGAUCACACGUUUGACUCAGUUACACCCAGAGGAGAGUGACGCUGGGCAGGAAGCCCGCGGGCCAGUAGUCGCAUGUCUCCCGAGCUCGGGCUCCUUCAAUCAGGGAAGUUCUGAUCCGCCGAGAGGUGUCCCCCCCCCCCACCGGCUGCCUUUUGUUUUUGAGGGACUGGAUUGGAUUUCACAAGUUAGACAGGAGCAUUAAUGGUACACAUUUUGUGACAGCACCACAUUUUCAGUCAACGUCUCCACUAUUGUUACCCUGGAAAUAGAAAUAAAAUCAACAGUGUGCUCAGGUUUUAUAUGAAUGUGAAUGAAGCUUCACUUGUGCGCACAUAGCUUUGGGAAGUGGAGACCAGGACUGAAACUUCAGCUCUGGCUUGACAGGAAAUCAGAUAGCUGGGCAAAUAGCUAAAUUUAACCUCCCUUUAACGGUUUUCGAGGUCACCAUUUAACAUAGUUCACUUGCUCGGGACUUGAAGAGAAAAGCUGUGCAAUACCUGACACCAUAUUGGACUCUGGGUGUACUGUGCCUGAUUCCAGGAGGUGCCUCAAAAUAAAUCGCACUGGUCUCAGGAGUUCUUUAGUGCCUCUUUUUUAUUGUGGCAGCCACAAUUAAGUACACAAUUGUAAGCACACGUUGUGCAGAUCCUUGUUUGUAUCUGCGUCCGUGACAGCCCUGUUUGUAAGCUGAUUGAAAUAAAUGUCUGUCUUAAAUUAAAAGUAAGUAACGUGUUUAUAAUCCUAACUCCACA